AUGGAUCUCUCUCUCUCGGAUUUCUGCGCUGAUAAAUCUUACCAGGUCUUUGAGCUCGUCGGAGAGGGCGCACACGGUAUCGUCUGUUCAGCAAUAUGCAAUACAUCCCAAUUCAAAGUAGCUAUGAAGCGCAUAGCACCUUUCGAUCACUCCAUGUUCUGUCUCCAAGCGUUACGUGAGAUAAAACUCCUUCGUCAUUUCCGUCACGAGAAUAUCAUUCCUAUCCUUCAACCUCCAAGCUUCGAUCAAUUUCAAUUCAUGAUCAGAGAGGUUUACCUCAUCCAGGAACUCAUGAAAACAGACCUACAUCCUGUCAUAGUAUGCACACAGCAACUGAGUGACGACCACUGCCAGUAUUUUAUUUAUCAGGUACUUGAAUUGGGUCACGACUGGCUGUCAAUUAUAUUAGACGUCCUCAGCGCACCCUCUAUUGAUGACUUCUAUACCAUCUCCUCACAAAGAUCAAGAGAAUACAUCCGUGCACUGCCGUUCCGCAAGAGCAAACCAUUUUCCCAGCUCUCCCCAGCCACCAACGCAAUGGAUGUCCUGGAGAAAUGCCUAACAUUCAGCCCAAGACGGCCAAUAAUUGUCGUCAAAGCUCUGCAACACCCUUACUUCGAACCUUAUCACGAUCCUAAUGAUGAGCCCAUGGCCGACCCCAUCGACCCCUCCUUCGACUUCAACAACGGCGAGGCUCUAGAACAAGAGGACCUCAAAGUACUUAUUUACAAGGAAAUCACAAAUGCCCAAGCGUCCCAGCCAUCACUCUUGUUGGCUCCAAACGCCUAAAUGUAUUCGAUAUUGAUACUAUCUAGUGUAGCAUCGUAUUCAACGGACCUGAUGUAUGUGGCACAA